AACUUAGCAAAUCUUGGUUAUCAAGUCCCAAAACCAUAUUUCCUCUCACAAAGGUCCUCACUUAAUGCUAAAAUAUCACAAAAUUUUGGGGUAUUACAUUGAGUUAGAGACUUAAUGCCAUUUUCGUGUGUCUGCUCUUCCUUCUCCCCUGCACCGAACAAGCACCCAGCCAAGCCCAACAACACCCCACUUGGAAAACCGAAUUUUGGGAUCUGCUCUGCUCUGUGUCCUCCGUCCAUUGCUCUUGCCGGUUGUGGGUGUGAAAUUUUCCAAAUUUUUGGUAAGAAACAGCCACCAAUUCCUUUGUUCUUCCUUGAACUGGCUUGGGUUUACCUUAAUUUCUCUUGGUCCUUCAAUUUCCGGUAGAUCCCCUUGAAUUUUCUGCAUUUCCCGCCAGCUCUUCCCCAUACCCGCCAACUCCAGCCUUGCUUGUUGAGAAUUUCUGGUAGGUUGGCUUUUCUAAUUUCUGAAAACUGGUUGAUUAAUUGCUGCCUUGUUGAGUUUAAUUGGCUGUAUGGGUGCCCUGUGUUGUCCGAAAAUUUGCUGGAAGUAGGGGAUGAAUUCCGGCAGCCUUGAAGUGAGUUUUAAGUUGGCUGUUGUGAUGUUGUAUGAAAGAAAAAAAUAAAUAUUUCCGUGACUUAGCCAUUUUUGUCAAAGCCAGUUAUCCCAUUUCCUGUCCAUGAAUUUGGAAAAAUUGUAUAUGUGUAAUUAUGUAUAUAUAUAUAAUUGCACAAUCUCAGGUUGUGUGCUCAAAUUUCGGAUAGGAAAAAAAAAUAAUAAAUAAAGAAAUAAAAUUUCUUUUUUAUA